UUCUCUGUCAAGUCCCACCUUCUCCCAUUAAUUACUUGCUCAUACAAUGACUUUGAUAACAUUAAACAAAACACAAUUGCAACGUGCAGACACCAAAACGUACGUUCGAGAGAUCCUACACAUUUAGUAAACAUUAAUUGAAGUAAACAAAUCCAUCAAACCCCUCUACUCUCUUGCUCUUUCUUCUUCUUCUUCACUAAUUUCCUGUCUUCAGCUAAAACAACAGCAAAAAAUAGGAGGAAAUGUCGGCUCAUCUCACCAAGACAGACUCAGAGGUGAGCAGCCUGAGUCAAUCUUCACCAGCAAGGUCCCCUCGUCGCCAAGUCUACUACGUUCAGAGUCCAUCAAGGGACUCCCAUGAUGGUGAAAAGACUACAAACUCAUUCCACUCCACGCCGGUGAUCAGCCCCAUGGGCUCACCUCCUCACUCUCACUCCAACUCUUCAUUAGGCCCUCAUUCCUCGCGUGAGUCUUCUUCCACCCGCCUGUCUGGAUCCCUCAAACCACAUCGAAAACACGAGGGAUCUCGCAAGGGUCGCAAGCCAUGGAAAGAGUUCGAUGCCAUUGAAGAAGAAGGUUUGCUUGAUGGUGAUGGCGUCCCUCACGGCCUCCCUCGUCGUUGUUAUUUCCUUGCAUUUGUCGUUGGCUUCUUUGUGCUUUUCACUACCUUUUCCUUGAUCCUAUGGGGCGCUAGUAGACCUCAAAAACCUAAAAUCACCAUGAAGAGCAUUUCGUUCAAUGAAUUUGUGGUUCAAGCUGGUGCGGAUUUCUCAGGACUGGCUACGGAAAUGGUAUCAAUGAACUGCACAGUGAAGCUCACAUACCGUAACACAGCAACAUUUUUCGGGGUUCAUGUAACAUCAACACCCUUAGAUCUCUCUUACUCUCAGCUCACUGUGGCCACUGGAUCGAUACGCAAGUUUUAUCAAUCAAGAAAGAGCCAAAGAGCACUAACUGUCAUGAUGAAAGGGAGUCAUAUUCCAUUGUAUGGAGGCGGGGCUAGCCUGGGUAGUCUGAAUGGCGCACCGACUCAGCCAGUGCCAUUGACACUCAACUUCAUGGUUCGUUCUAGGGCUUAUGUUUUGGGCAAGUUGGUCAAGCCCAAGUUCUACAAGAGAAUUGAGUGUUCGGUCACCAUGGACCCCAAGAAGAUGAAUGUGGCUAUUUCACUAAAAAACAAAUGCAUUUACAGCAAAUAAUUUUAUCGUUUGUUUGAUGGCCUGAAAUUAUUUUGAGAGAAAAUAUGGUACAGCGAGAUGAACGAGACUGGCCAGGCAAGUUUACGCGAGUAGCUUGGAUCGUGAAGACCGGGCUCAGGAUUCUCUGGCUGUAACAAUCAAUCAAAGGGCAUUGGGAAUCUAGUGGUCGGUGGUUUCAAUAUUAUAUAGUUUUUGGCCUUUCUAAGAUAUGUUUACACUUAUAAGUUAAACGAGUUUUGGAUAUAAAUUUUUAUGCUUUGCUCCAAAUAUUUGGAACAUUUUGUUGAAUGCUUUACCUUUUUUUUUUUUGCCUUAAUGGGCAUUAAGAUGGAAAAUAUGAUUUGGAAUUCAA